CUCAGAGAGGCUAUGACACUUUUUUAGUUAGAAAGAUUUUACUAAUCAAAUCCAGUAAAGGUCAUAAUUCACAUUGUUUCUGUGAUUGAUGGAAGCCAUGAAUUCAGUAGGUGGCUUUAUUGAGGAAGAAAUUGAUGGGAAAACGUUUUUCUCAUACAAUUCCUUAACGGCCACCAUCUCCGGUGAAGACAUACCUCUUUUCCUCUGUCCCCUCUUACGUGUCAAAACUCACAGUUUGAAGAAUCCGAAGGUUAAUUCUGAUGACGAUGGCUUUCUCCGGUUUGAUAUCCCCCGUGACUUCCCUAGCGCUGAUCAGCAAGUCCAAUAUAUCCUUGGUUCUCAUAAACACGGUCUUAUAUGUAAGCUCCCUGUUGUCCCUCUCUUUUGGUCCAACAAUAAAGAACCUAACGGUGACGACUUCUGUUGUACUGCUUGCAAAAUCUCAAAUCUUGGCACAAGCUACUAUUUCUGUCUCACAUGUGAGAACCAAUUCCACAAAGAAUGCGUCGAGUCUCCUCUUGAAAUCAAACACCCUUCUUAUCCUUUUCAAUCUCUCCAGUUUUACAGUUCUCCCUUUGCCCUUGUGAAUUGUAUCUGUUGUGAUAUAAGUUUCCAAGACAUGAUUUAUCAUUCUCCUACUUACAAACUGAGUAUGCAUCCCGUUUGUGCCAUGAAACCAGUCCCUUUCGUUAUAGACCACACAAAAAGACAUCCCCACCCUCUCACUUUUUUCCCCAGGCAAGCUUUCUUACCUUGCAAUGUUUGCGGCCUGAUCAAAGAACCUAUUCUCACCUAUGUCUGUGUUCGAUGUGACUUUGUAGUCCAUCAAGAUUGUGUCUAUUUCCCGCAUGUCAUAAAGAUAUGUCGCCACCACCACCGUAUCUCUUUCACCUCUUCUCUUCCAUCCGGAAAAUGGAAUUGCGGAGUCUGUCGUCGAGAGGUUGUCAAUCAUUACGGUGCGUACUCUUGCAAUAAGUGUGGUGAUUAUUUUGUUCAUACAAGAUGUGCACUGCGAAAAGACGUGUGGGAUGGAGAAGAUCUCGAGGAAGUACCUGAAGAACCUGAGGUAUAUGUUGAGCCAUACGAGACAAUAGCUGAUGGAAUGAUUCUCCAUUUUUCUCAUGAUCAUCAUCAUCUAAGACUCGAGGUCAGUACUAGAGUUUACGAUGAAAGCAAGUUUUGUCAAGCUUGCAUCCUUCCAAUAUACGAGGGUACUUACUAUUCAUGUAUUGAUCAGUGUGAAUUCAUCCUACACGAAGCAUGCGCAAAUGCCCCUAGAAAGAAACAACAUGCUUUGCAUCCUCACCCACUUACGCUUGAGGUCGUCAGCAAGGGAUAUGACUAUUACAGAGGAGAGAACUACUUCGACUGUCGCGCUUGUAGGCGUGACAGUUGUGGUUUUGUCUAUGAUAAUCAGGGUUUCACACUUGAUUUGCGUUGUGCCUCGGUCUCGGAACCAUUUGAAUAUCAAGGCCACGAGCAUCCCUUAUUCCUAGCCUUGAAGCCAGAUGAAGAAAAAGCGUCGAUAUGUCAAAUCUGCCAAGAAGAUGGUGACGGAAAUAAUUAUAUCAGAAAACUAAAUUGCAUCGAAUGCAAAUAUAUAAUAUGUUUCAGGUGUGCGACCUUACCAUACAAGGCAAAGUAUAAGCAUGACAAACAUUUCCUAACAUUUCGGGAAGGGAAAAAGGGAAGUAACCAAAUAGACUGGUGUGAGGUAUGUGAAAGAAAAGUAGUAUACUCAAGAAAAGGUGGGUUCUAUGCGUGCGGUGACUGCUGCACCACUCUCCAUGUUGAUUGCUUGCUUGGGGGAGACCCAUAUAUGCUGAAACCUGGUCAUAUUGUAAUGACUUAUAGGUCGGACAUUCAUAUUCUUCCCAACAAUACCAUGACUAGACCAUUCUGCCAUCGUCAUAAAGAAGACCGUUGUCCACACAAAGUAGUUUUCAAAUGGCAUGACAUGACAUUUUGUUCUUACAGUUGUUCGAUGAAAUAAAUGUCAUCACCACCAGUUGAUUUGCCAUCUUCAUUGUCUCUUAUCCGCUAUACUCACUCCCCAUUUGCUUGUCUAUGUUUUGUAAAUCUUUUUCUUCUAUUAGAACGCAAUGUAAUACUUUUGGUUUCCUUUU